CUUGAAGCACUUCAAAAACAAACCAGCAGUGCUAUGACUUCCGUCACCGAGGUCAACUUUGCAGCGGUAUGCCGUGCGUGCAUGGCCAGUGCGGAUACGCUCCUCUCGGUAGCUUCUCCGCUGGACGCAGACGAAAACAGUCCGAUAACGGACGUAAUCGAGGAGUUGACGGCGAUCCAGGUCCGGACGGGAGACGGCCUGCCGGAGAGCGUUUGCGAGCGGUGCGUGCAGGAGUUGCGACGCUUCGUGGAGUUUAUCCGACAAGUUCGGCUGACGGAUCGAUCGCUGAGGCAGAUGUUCAAGGCGGGUCGUACCGGGAGCGUAAGUAAGAAGCUGCCGCUGCUGGAGAUUCAAAAGGUAGAGGUGGACGAGGACAACGGGGUGGAGGAGUAUCUGGAGUAUGAGGAGGUUAUCUGGAAGGAUGACGAGAAAGAUCACCAUGAGGAGCUGAUUUUUGAGCUGAAGAUGGAGUCGGGAUCGGACGUGGAGUUUCAGGGAUUUGAGGAAUCGCUGGAAGAAACCAAGAGCGUUGAGAGGGUGAGCAAUAUGCGACCGGUCACGGGAAGGGGAAAACCACUGAGUGGCAAACGGAAGAAGAGGCCUACAAAAGCGAACGUGUCGACUGACGCAGGAGGAGCCGAAGAGAUGGACGAUACCGAGCGAGAAAUGUUCCAAGUGCUGGAACGCCAAGAGGGACAGUUCAUGUGCUGCGGUUGCUACCAGGUAUUUGAUACUGAGGAAGAGAUGGCGGAGCAUUCGGCGGGACAUGCCAGCAAAUCCACCAUCAAUUUGCAGAAAAAGUUUGUGUGUCCGACCUGCGCCCGGCGGUACACUUCAUCCGUGGCCUUAGAAGCGCACCGAAAGCACCAGAAAGCCACCAAAAUCUACGAGUGCAUCCGGUGUCGUGCAAGAAUCGUUGACCCGAAGCGUCGCUACCAGCAUGCUCACAACCAUCCCGAGCGUGAAGUUAUCCAGUCGGAUUACUUGGAACCGAUACGGGUCAUGCCCCGGUAUGGCCCCGAAACUCGAAUCUGCUGUGCCACCGGAUGUCGCAAGGUGUUCGAAAACGAAACCGACAUGAUUGCGCAUGCCCACGAAGAUCAUAGCACGAACAAGAUCGAGUACGAUCUGCCAGCGCACCGAGACAAACCACACGAGUGCUCGGUUUGCUUCAAACGGUUCCUCACGUAUCAAUCGCUUCUAUUUCAUCAGAAGCGACGGUACAGGCGCGUUGGCUCGCUCCGCCAGUGCUCACUUUGCGGUAAGCAUCUAACAAGCGCCCAACAAUUGGCCUCCCACGAACGCAUGCACCAGAACCUCCGACCCUUUGAGUGUCAACUCUGCACGAAGGGAUUCGCCUCGGCGGCCUAUCUCAAAGCCCACAUGCUGAGUCAUUCCACUGCAAAACCGUUCGUUUGCGCCACCUGUGGAACCGGCUUCCAGCGCAAGGGGUCACUGCAGAAACACGAAGUCAUCCACAUGGACCAGCUUCCGUUCCAGUGUCAACACUGUCCGAAGGCGUUCCGUCUGAAGGCCCGGCUCGACCUUCACAUGCGCACGCACACGGGCGAGCGACCGUACUCCUGCAGAUAUUGUGAAAAGACGUUCGCGGACCAUACCAACAGGCAUCGGCACGAGAUGGGGCACACGGGAAUCAAACCGUACAAGUGCACGUAUUGCGACAAAACUUUCAUCACUCGUCGACUGCAGAACGAUCACGAAUCCGCCGUUCACGCCGCUGUCAUCAUCUUCACCUGUAACGUGUGCACGGCCACAUUCAACAACAAGAAACUUUUCCGAGAACAUCGGCAGAUGCAUUUCGAGUAGCAGUUUUUCUGAUUAUGUUAUUUUUUCAGUUCACACCCAUUAGAGCGUAGAGGAUCCGCAAACAAGUUGACCUAUCAUACUACAAA